GUUGUUUGGUCUCCAUGGCAACAGUUUUAAACAGCAAGUAUGGCAAGCAUAGGAAUAAACACUGAUAUCAAAGGACUAGUUCAUUGUCAUUUACCACAAUUCACACCGAGCCAGCCAGUUAUUCCAAAACGUUAUGUCAUGCCAUGGAAGCAAGACAUGAAAAACAGAAAACUAAUUUUAAAGAAUGCUGAGCAUAUUGGUGUAUCCACAGGACCUCAUGAGGAAAGCCUUUAUUUAGAACACAGAGAACGACUUUGCCAUGGAGAACGGGUAAAUGACGUUCUGGAGAAAAGUCUACAGAGAACACCUGGAUAUCUGCUGUUUCCUCCAAUGCAUUCUCAGUUCUCUAGAUACUGCAGCUCUUUGAUCAGACAGGCAAACAUGCCAUAGUUUUGCAGGGCUGCAUGUCAAGUCAAAAUACUGUGAUGUAUCAACAGCAUAUUUUAUCUGAAGUAAUUUUAUUAAAAAGAUUUCAGUGAAGUUGUAAUAUAUAAUCUAAUUGCCUGUAAUGCAUUUGCUAUUUUAAAGCAUUGAAAAUAGUACAAUAAAUGUGCUUCAAGGAAA